GGCAUUGUAGCUGUGUUUCCGGGGGGACAGUCAGUAUUGCUGCACAGUAAGAUGGCGGCUCAGCAGGAGGAAGCGGUGCGGGAGUUUGUGUUGGUGACCGGCUCGGAGGAGGAGAGGGCGCGCUUUUUCCUGGAGUCCGCCGGCUGGGACCUGCAGCUGGCUCUGGCAAGUUUCUACGAGGACGGAGGAGAUGAUGACAUAGUGACACUACCACAGCCGCCUCCAGGCUCCACUUCGCGUGGUUCUGGUCCCAGUGAUCACAGGGUGACGUCGUUCAGAGACCUGGUGCACGCACAGGAAGAGGAGGAAGAAGAGGAGGAAGGGCAAAGGUUUUACGCUGGUGGCUCAGAGAGAAGCGGGCAGCAGAUUGUUGGUCCUCCAAGAAAGAGGAGCCCUAAUGAGUUGGUGGAAGAUCUCUUUAAAGGAGCUAAAGAACAUGGAGCUGUUGCUGUAGACAGAACUACUAAAAGCCCUGGAGAAGGAAGUAGUCGAUCAUUGCCAUUUGCAGGGGGUGGAUACAGGUUGGGGGCUGCCCCAGAGGAGGAAUCUGCCUAUGUAGCUGGUGCCCGCAAACACCGACAAGGACAGGAUGUCCACGUGGUUCUCAAGCUCUGGAAAAACGGAUUUAGCCUGGAUGAUGGUGAACUGCGUAGCUAUCAGGAUCCCAGCAAUGCGCAAUUCUUGGAAGCCAUACGCAGAGGGGAAAUUCCGGGUGAGCUACGCAGAUUAGCCCAGGGUGGGCAGGUGAACUUGGAUAUGGAAGACCACCGUGACGAAGACUUUUCGAGACCUAAAGCUUCCUUCAAAGCCUUCGCAGGAGAAGGGCAGAAGCUUGGCAGUACAUCCCCUAGUGUCCUCAGCCCAGCAUCUCCUUCACAGCAGGCUGAGAACGAGGCCAGAGCCAGUUCAUCGGUGACCAUCAACGACUCAGAUCCAGUCACGAACAUUCAGAUUCGGCUUGCAGAUGGGGGUAGACUGGUGCAAAAGUUCAAUCACAAUCACCGGAUCAGUGACAUCCGGAUGUUUAUUGCGAGUGCCCGACCAGCCAUGGCUGCCACCAGCUUUGUACUCAUGACUACUUUCCCGAACAAAGAGUUGACCGAUGAAAACCUGACACUGAAGGAGGCAAACCUGCUAAAUGCUGUCAUUGUGCAGCGAUUAAUAUGACCUCACGCUCCCCCCUAUCCCAGCAUUCUACUUCACUCUUUCCUGCUGUUCUAAUCUCCGCUGGUGACAUGGAACCAUUCUGUCUUGUAGUCCUGUGUUGCCCAAUGCUUUGGGUGGACUCCUGAUAUCCUCUCUAGACGUACAUUUUGCAGGAUUUGUAAUAAGCGUUGGACUUAAAAAAAAUUCAAAAAAAUUAAAUAGGGAAUAAAAUAAAUAUAAACUUC